UAAAAGUGUUAAUAUCACCUCUUUCACAACCCCCUAAUAACUUUCUCAGUAUUUGACCCUUUCUUUCUCUCUCUCUCUCUCUCUCUCUCUCUCUCUCUCUCUCUUUCUCUCUCACACUUCCUUCUCUGCCAUGGAAGAUGAUGAAGCAUGCAUCACCAGUCUUAGCCUUGGACUAGGAAUGGGGGGCCAUGUGCCGAAGAAGGAGAAGCAGAAACUCCCUUGUUUGGACCUAACGUUUCAGAUUUGUCCAAAGGGGGAGAAAACCAUUCACGUGGAUAAACAACAUCUUCUUCAUGGUGAUGAUAAGGCAAAAGGGUUGUUAUGUUUGAAGCAUCCCAGUGAAAAUAACAGCCCUGAUAGCAGCAACAACAGCAGUAACGGCAGCAGAAAGAAACUGAAGCUUACGAAGGAGCAAUCAGCCACCCUUGAAGAUAUUUUCAAGCUGCAUAGCACUCUUAACCCCGCACAGAAGCAGGCACUCGCUGAUCAAUUGAAUUUAAAACAUAGACAGGUUGAAGUUUGGUUUCAGAACAGAAGAGCAAGGACGAAGCUGAAGCAAACAGAGGUGGAUUGCGAGUUCCUGAAGAAAUGCUGUGAGAAAUUAACCGAUGAGAAUCUGAGACUGAAGAAGGAAUUGCAAGAGCUGCGUGCACAGAAGAUUGGAGCAAAACCAUUGUACAUUCAAGUGUCGAAGGCGACAACCUUGAACAUUUGUUCAUCGUGCGAGAAAGAAUUGAAGCCGAAUGAAGGGAAGAAAGGAGGCAUUUCCGAUGUGGUCCGAAAGAGCGUAGGGGUAAAGGGCAUUUAGAGGAGGGUAUAAGGAACUCAUAAUUUGAUGAAAGAUAAUUGGAAUGUCAGAAUCAAAUAUUGAUGAUUAAUCAGGAAAGAAGGAAAGUACACAUUCUCAGUCCCCACAUCGAAUAAUAUGUAUAGCCGUGUAGGACUGCGUGUGGUAUAGGCCAGCUAGCUCCAUAGUUAAGUUAACUUUCCGUCUCUUUCUAUUCAUUCAAAUACUUCAUAUUCAUCAAAAUUAACAAACAAUUUUAUUUCCUUUAUUCUAAAAUCAAUAUCUGUUUUUACCUUCUGUCU